AUGUGUUUGUCAGACUCGGGUCAGAUUGAGAAGCAGCUGGAGGACGUGUCGCUGGCCCGCAGAGACCUGGAGGACUCCUCUAAACACACCAGGACUCUGGAGAAACAGAUGAAGAGUGUCUCACAGGAGAGGGACGACAUGCACAAGGAUAUCUUGGAUGCCAACGAGAAGCUGAAGGCUCAGUCGAAGGAGCUGAAGGACGCUCACAGCCAGAGAAAACUGGCAAUGCAGGAGUUUUCAGAGCUCAACGAGAGACUCACAGACCUCAGGUCGGUGAAGCAGCGCCUGGCCCGCCAGCUGCGGGACAAAGAGGAGGAGGUGGAGAGUCAGGGUCAGAAGGUGGAGGCACUCCGCCUCGAGGUGCGAAAGGCUGAGAGGGCCAAGAAGGAGAUGGAGGCGCACUCUGAGGAGCAGACAGCAGAGGCUCAGAAAGAGAGGAAGCUGAGGGAGCGUAAUGAGCAGUACAGCCGACAGCUGGAGGAGGAGCUUGAAGGGCUUAAGGUGAAGCAGGGGUCCUCCGCCCCCGCCGCCUCAGCGGACCAGACCCAGGAGGUGGGGCGCCUGCGGGGAGACCUGGAGAAGAAGACGCUCCUGUACGAGGAGGAGCUGGCGCGCAGGGAGGGGCAGCACGGCAGCGAGCUGAAGGGUCUGCGCAAAGAGCUGCGGGACGCCGAGAGCCAGCACCUCGCUCUGCAGAAAGAGAUCCUGAUGCUCAAAGACAAGCUGGACAAGACUCGCCGCGAGAGCCAAAGCGAGAGGGAAGAGUUUGAGACCGAGUACAAGCAGAAGUACGAGAGGGAGAGAAUCCUGCUGACCGAAGAGAACAAGAAGCUGUCCACUGAACUAGAUAAGCUCACCAGCAUGUUUGAGAAGAUGAGCAGCUCCAACAGGCAGCUGGAGGACGAGAUGAGGGAGCUGGCCGACAAGAAGGAGAGUGUGGCUCACUGGGAGGCCCAGAUCACGGAAAUCAUCCAAUGGUGAGA